AUGUAAUAGGAAGAAGAAGCUGAAUUAAUGUUAGAACAAGGUGGAAUUCCAAUUUCAUAAUUAUGCAAUUCAAGUGUUAAUAUCGAUUUACUUCAAUGCCCAAUUUGUUUUAAUAUUCUAUGGAAACCAAUUGCAUGUGGGUAAGACAGAUGUUUCUCAUCAUUUUGCUAAUACUGCAUUGAGUCUUGGUUAAAUUAGAAAAAUGCACAAUCAACUUUCGAAGAAGAGGAAGAAACCUUUGCGAAUGAAAGUAAUUGUCCGAAGUGCAAGAGAGUCUUUAUCAAGACUGAAAUACCUUUGGUGAAAGUAUUAUUAUCGUAAAUCGAACUGAAAUGCAUUCAUUCAGAUUGCACUUAGGUGAUACCAUAUACAGAUUAUGAAAACCAUAUUGUUAAUUGCAAGGAAAGAAAAAAAUAAUGCAGAGGUUGUUAAUAAUACAUUUUAUAAAAUAAACUAGAGGAACAUGAGGCAUAAUGCUCUUAGAUUCCUGUUGAAUGUUAGAAAUGUCAUAAGAGGAUGCCAAAAUGUGAUCUUGAGUCUACACAUGAUAAAUAUAAUUGCAUAGAAAACUUGUUUAAGGUUUAAGAUUAGCAAUUGGAGAAUCUAUACACACAAUAUUUAAUUUGCGAUGACAUGGUUAAUUAUUAUGAGGAGAAGAUAGCUAGGAUGAUGAAAGGAGAUCUUAUAGCCUUAACUGAGUAUAACUUUUUUACAAUUUUUACUGCAAACUACUAAUUCACUACAGAUAAUCUAUAUAUUGCAAGGCUUGUUAGAAAUUCAUACAAUUACAAUAAAUAGAAAAAUGAUUUCCUUCACUUCUACGUAGAUUAUUAUUUUACUACAGGUUUAGAGGGUUACGAAUGGAAAUGCAGAGUAAUUCGCUUAAGGGGUAAUCUACUAAUUGGAGUUUGUUCUUCACAAUUAUCUAAUUCAGUUGAUUUUAUAGUUAAUAGAUUGGGAGAAGUAAAAAAGAAGGAAGAAAAUGACAAUAGAUAUCAUAUUAUUAGAAAGGUUAAUUUUACUUUCGGAGAAGGAGAUGUCAUCCGAUUUCAAAUUCUACCCUUUAUGUAGUGCUUAAGAAUUACGAAUGAAACAAGACAUUUGACAUUUUGUUUUAAUAGAAAUGAGUUAUAAGAGAUGGGAGAUUAAUAUUUCAGUUUCUUUAGUCUUGAGUAUUAAGGAGAUGCUCUUCAAUUUUUAUGA